AUGUCGCUUCGUCACGCGGUCCGGAGACUCGGGAGAGCCGCGGUCGAGCGCGCGGCGGACGCGCGAGGCGGCGCGCUCGCGCGAGGCGACGCCGAAGCCCUCGCCGCGGGCGCGUCUCGUCGAUGGCUCGCGACGAGCGACGGGAAAAGACCUUCGCCGCCGCCGCCGCCGACGUCCGCCGCCGCCGCCGCCGCGCGCGAGACGAGCGCGGCGGGCGAGGAGAAAACGAAACGCCCGACCCCGGCGCACCCUCUCGCGGGGAUCAUGUUCCCGUGGGAGUCCGCGGUCCUGAGCGGCGAGAGGAAGGAAGGCCCGAUGCCGGCGUGGCAGAAGCUCUACUGGGUCGCCUUCGCGGGCGCGGUCGCGUUCCUCGUCGGCAGCCGCGCGAAGAGGUACUACGACACGAAACUCACGAAAGAGGAAGCCGCCGCGGAGCUCGCGGCGAACCGGGUCGGGAUCCAACGCGCGUUAGAGGGGAGGAGCUUCAACGACGAGACGCUCGAUCCGUUCGAAGGGAUGAGCCCCGAGGAGAUCGAAAAAUUUAUUAGCAAAGAAGCCCCGGACGGGGACCCGUACGCGGGGAUGACCCCGGGGGAGAUCAACGACUACAUGAACAAGGCGCAAGAGGAGAGCAUCAGGGGGGGGAAGAACAUCUCGUUGCCGAAGAUACCGCCGAGGGUUGGGGCGUAG